AUGCCAAAUUCGACCACAAGCAGACGUCUUCUUCAUCUGUCUCGCUCAAUCAUGUCUAAUAGCAAAGCGCCGACCAAUGGCUCCAAGAUUCUGGAGAAGACUCCACUCUCCCUGGACGAAGCAAAGUGGACUACCCUCAAGAAGAUCGCAUGGCAAGAUCCAACAGGCACAAAACGCAUAUGGGAGUCUGCAGAGCGCGUCGUUAAUGCCAAUACAACAACAGAUGCAGUUGGUAUCAUUGCAUUGCUGAAGACACCGGGGAAGCCAACGCGUAUUGUGCUCGAAAAGCAAUUCCGGCCACCGCUUGACAAGAUUUGUAUUGAGGUACCUGCUGGCAUGAUGGAUAAAAAUGAAUCGCCUGAACAAGCUGCUGAAAGAGAGCUGCAAGAGGAGACUGGCUAUGUUGGCAAAGCUGUCAAGACAUCCUAUUUGCUAUAUAACGACCCAGGCUUUACCAACACGACCACAUCCAUGGUCUAUGUCGAUAUUGAUAUGAAGGAUGAGCGCAACAAGAAUCUGAAGCCUCAACUGGAAGCUGGAGAGUUCAUCGAGAUAUUUGAGCCAGAGGUGGACACCCUUGAUGAUACACUCAAGCACCUUGAACAGGAAGGCUAUGCAAUAGACGCGAGAUUGGGUGCAUUUGCCCUUGGUCUAGCUGCAUUGAAGUUGCUAUAG